CAGCUCUCCUAUUCCUUAAAGAAAUAACCAAGCACAACUAAACCUCACCUUCGCUAACCAACCUCUCUCUCUCUCUCAAUCUCCAACAACAUGCAGAGACAGUCUUUAGGCUCACCGAGCUCCAAGCUCCACAUCCAUGGAGGAGAAGAGAGUUCACAAGCCGAGGACCCGAAACGCCGAGUAAUCAUCGACGACGACGACGCUGACCGGAAAGACUCCAAGCCUCGCCGACUGUCGUUUUCGCCUACGUCUUCACCAUCGUCGUCGUUGACAUCGCCUCCUAAGCCUGAGAAGUUUAUCCACCUUAUUCCUGUUCUCACUCUCCUUUGUUUUCUCAUUCUCUACCUCUCUUCCCACAGUCCUUCGCAAUCUGAUUUGGCUCAUUUCAAUGGAUUCAAGCAUUCCUCAAAGCAUUUAGAUUCACGUGAAAUCAGCGACGUCGGCCGAUUCAUUGAGCUUCGGAGAGGCGAUGUUUUGGCGAUUCGAAGCCUGAGGAAUUUGCAAGAACUUGACAAAUACGUCCCUAAAUCUCGGCCCCACCGAAAAAUAGCCGAUUUCUAAGACGCGUUCUGUCGGUUUAUCUCUUUCACUCUCUCUCUCCCCCCUCUCUCCUCCUGCCGUUUCUUCUUGCUCUAGCUGACCAUAAGUUCGCACGUGCUGACUGUUCUUGCACGUGCGAGACAUUUUGUGCCCAUAAUUUUUUUAUUGCACGUGUAUAUUUAUAUUGCAUGUCAAUAUGUUGGCUUGUGAAGCAAAUAUCUUAGCUGGCGCUACGUGUGGCGCCUGUUCAAUUUUAUCAUCUUCGUUGAGAUGAAUAAUAUUUUUGUAUAUAAA